ACUUCAGAUUGAGGCCCACGGGUGUGUACACACUCCACAGUGCGCACCUGUCGCUCGGGUUCCACAGGAAACACAGUGGGUUUUUUUGAGCAGCGUCAUGGACUCGCUAGAUGGGUAUUAUGGAAGUUUCGAGCCACAGAUCCAUGAUGGUGUGGAGCGAGAACAGCCAGCAUGUCUGUACUCCCGGCGCACAGAGCAGGUGCCGUAUUUAGAGCUGCAAGGUAACAUGGCACUUGAGAAUCAGGACAGAGAUUUGGCUCCCUAUGAGCUGCCGUCCUGUCAGCAUGCCCCCUCACCCGGGUAUCAUCAGGCGGAAGGCCCGCAGGCUGAUGCUUUCCAUCCGAGGACCAAUGAGACAACGGAACACUUGGCCUUUCCAUGGAUGAGAGCUUCAAGAUCUCAAAUCUGCCAGGCAGCCAUGACAGGAGGGUUUCUGUGUGAAGACCCGGACGAGCAGAAGCGAAGCCGCACAGCAUACAGCAGGGCACAGCUGCUAGAGCUGGAGAAAGAGUUCCUGUUUAACCGCUACAUUUCCCGGCCACGCAGAUACGAGCUAGCAACGAGCCUGAACCUCACCGAGCGUCACAUUAAAAUCUGGUUUCAAAACAGACGUAUGAAGUGGAAAAAGGAGGAAGCAAAGCGGUGCAGAGACACACAGAACCAAGAGCUCCAUGAACAAGCUGCUGACUAGACUGUAGCAACACGGCUCUAAAGAAGGACACCUUUAUUUGAGACGCUUAAAUCCUUGGUUUAACUAUAUUACAAUGUAAUAUUUCUUAAUGCGCCUAAACAGAGUAGCAUAAUUCGACUUCAUUUGUCAAAGUUUGGGCUUCAAUCCCAAAUAAUGUAUUACAGAAUUCCUUUGUGUCCACAUAAACAUUGAUACACUAUAAGAGUUAUAAGAUUUGUUGACAUCUGACAAUCACAUCCAUGUGUACUUGUUGAAUAUCCCAUUCCCAAAUUAUUCAACCUUUGCAUGGUUUUCCACUAGAUACAGGAGUGUGUGUGGGGAUUAGUGAUCAUUCAGCUACAAGAGCAUUAGUGAGAUCAGACACUGAUGUUGUAAGAGUCAGGAGGUCUGGGGUUCAGUCGGUGUUAAGGUUUAUUCCAAAUGGUUUCAGUGGGGUUGAGUCAGAGUCAGGGCUCUGUGCAGGACAUACGAGUUCUUCUACUCCAACCUUAACACACCAUGUCUUCAUGGAGCACUGUGCUUUGUGCACAGGGGCUUUGUCACACUGGAACACUGUUUCAUAAUUCCAGUGAAGGGAAAUUGUAAUGCUACAACAAACACAUAUACAAAUAAACUAGUAGGAUUUUAACAUUUUGGUAACAGUUUGAGGAAGAACUAUGUUUGGAUUUUGGAUGUGAUGUUCAGGUGUCCACAUACUUUUGGUUAUUAAUGUACCUAAAGCUUGGUUUGAAUAAAAUAUCAUGUUUACACAUAAAUUAUUUAAAUAUUUGUACUUGUAUGAUAGAAAAUAUUUAGAAGGUUGUUUUAAUAAGAAAGUAUUUUACAGAUAUAGACAUACAAAAUUGUGGAUU